AUGUUUAAUAUACUGAAGGAUGGCAUGUUGGUUUGUUUGUCCAGAUGUUGAUCGCUUUCACAUCUUUCGAGGCCAUUUUCAUUAUCGAAAGGUUUGAUGAUUGGGCAGGAACAAAGUCGUUUGAAUCAACAAGCUACUGGUUAUGGGCAGCAGGAUUUUACGUUCUUGCAAGAGUAGAAGAGGUUGCAGACAAACCAAUUUAUACGUGGACACUUCAUAUUGUCAGCGGGCAUACUCUUGGUCAUUUAUGUGCUGCAAUGGUGCCUCUUUGUUUUAUUCUCAUGUUAGUGAAAAGGACAAGGCCAAUUCAACCAGAAAGACACAUGAUUGUGCAUCAUCAAUUAAAGCUUGCUUUCAUGGUCUGCUUAUUGGUGCCCAAGAUGAUCUACCUAUGGAUGCCCAAGUUACAGGUUAGUGCCAUAAUGUAUGAAAUCAGCAUUUUGAUGUGGGAGUUCAGUGCUCGUUAUGUGGCUAAUCAGGCAAAUACCUCUGAGGAGCGAGGAAUGUUAGAAACCCCAAUUCGUGCUCGGCAAAUAGUGCCUCGUAUUCGCGGCAUUUAUGGGAUGGACAUUUAUAAGAAUAAGGUCUUAGAAUUCUUACAAAGUGAACGAUCGGAUGAGUCUAUAUUUGGAUUAUGGGGCACGUCGGGUGUUGGCAAGACACGGCUUCUUUCACUCAUCGCUGAUAGCUAUGCUGAUUCAUUUCGUCAUGUCAUAUUUCUUGAUGGUGGCAGUAGCGUGAGAGUUAUGCAAAAUCAUUUCGCAUAUUUUUUGAAAUUGGAUUGGGAGGCAAUCUCAUUGUUAGAGGAGCAUUACCGAGCUAAAAUCAUCAUGGAGUACCUAGAGCAUGUCAGUUUUUUGGUUCUGUUAGACGAUGUGCAAGAUGAAGUCUACCCAGAUUUGACAGCUGUUGGUUUGCCGAUGGCUCUUGGGCAUCGGCAAAAGGUUAUUCUUACGUCGAGGAGUCAGGUAGUAUGUGCUCGCAUGGGAUGCACCAUAUCAAACACUCUGGAGAUGAAGUGUCUCGGGGAUGAAGAUGCUUGGAGUCUUUUCGAGUAUAAUGCGGGAGUUAAAAUCACAGAAGCUGAUAAUGAAAUUUGUGAAUAUGCAAAACAGAUGGUUUCAGCAUGUGGAGGGUUGCCUAGAGCCAUAUGUGCUAUUGGCAUAGGCGUAGCCGGAGCCACUUGCAGGGGAAAACAUCCAGAUGAUUGGUGGUUUACCUACAAGCGUUUCAAGGGUAAAAAUCUGCCACCAGAACGAAUGGAAGAAAUAGUCCCUGUUCUGGUUUAGGCAACUUGUGCGUGGCUCCUGGGAGCUGUGGAGACAUGGUUGGACUUCAUUACUUGUUGCUGCCACAAUGCAGUGUUGGAAGAGAGUCCAGAUGGCGGCGGUUUGAUGCUUACCUGUGAAUAUGGUGUGAUAUGUUUGAUGAUAAUACUUUCUAGUAUGUGUUUUCUUGACUUGUCAGUCUUCUGAUGCGUAAACACAGAGCAGAACACCUUCAUGCUCCUUAAGCACUCCGGACAGUUGGCCUUUUAAAAAUUGUAUUAUAUAAUUGGGGCCGUCCGAUCUCC